CAUCAGUCUCUUUUAUCCUCGCACAGUUGACGCAUCUUCACAUCAGGCGUAUCAGACAUAUUUUCAAGUCUUUCAGAACAAUCGCCUAUCUUACUGCUUAAGUUAUCUCGCUCGUGCCAUUCGUGAUUAUGGCACCCAAAGGCAAGAACCCCAAUCCGAGUGGACUAGGGAGAGCCAUCAUCAACAAGAAGGCUAAGGAUGCCCGACAUGCAUUCGAGUCUGGAAAUUAUACCACCGACAUGGAUUCAACGUCCCGUCUCAAAUCGGUUACACAAGAGAAAGAUUUGGACGAGUUCUUGAACACUGCGACAUUGGCGGGAACUGAGUUCACUGCCGAACGUAGAAACGUGAAGAUUAUCCAAGCUUCCACAAAUUCAGCUCAGAAUCCGUACCUUCUGUCCGACCAAGAAGAAAAGAUCACGAUCAAAAAGCAUCAAGAGAACAAACAGCGACUCCGAGUUCCCAGAAGACCGCCCUGGACAAAAGCAAUGACUACGGCACAAUUGGAGAGGCAAGAGAAGGACGCUUUCUUAGAAUGGCGGAGGGGUCUCGCUGAUCUCCAAGAUCGCGAGAAUUUCCUACUCACACCCUUUGAGCGCAAUCUCGAAGUCUGGCGGCAAUUAUGGCGUGUCUUGGAACGCUCACAUCUUGUCGUGCAAAUUGUCGACGCUCGGAACCCGUUAAGAUUCCGCUGCGAAGAUCUAGAAUCUUAUGUUCAUGAUGUGGAAGGAGCGGAGGGAGAACAAGGGACUGGUAAAGGGAAGCGCAAGAGCCUUUUACUCAUCAACAAGGCAGAUCUCCUUAGUGCGACUCAAAGGCGACUAUGGGCCGAUUAUUUUGACUCUCAGGGGGUCCAGUACGCAUUCUUCUCGGCUGCCAAUGCUACGGCUUUACAGGAAGCCCGAAGAGAGGCGGAACAGAGAGCACAGGAAGCUAAUGCGGAUGCCAAUUUUUCGAGUGACUAUGAGGAGGAAGAGGAGGAGGAGGAGGAGGAAUCGUUGCUGCCACAUACUGCAGAUGCCAACGACGAGGACAUGCAUGAAGAUUCUUCGUAUUCGGAGGCGGAGUCAGACCCUGACGAAAGUAUGUAUUUCUCAGCCGAGGAAGACACAUCGGAUGGUCAAGAUCCUCGUGCCAGGGUUCUAUCGGUGCUCGAAUUGGAAGACCUUUUUCUGAAGAUAGCACCGGAUUUGUCUGGAUUUCCUGACUCGUCUGGCAAUCCACCGUCACGACUGGUUGUCGGUCUCGUUGGUUAUCCCAAUGUUGGAAAGUCAAGUACCAUCAAUUCCUUGUUGGGCGAAAAGAAGGUCUCAGUAUCUGCGACACCGGGGAAAACGAAGCAUUUCCAGACUAUUCGUUUGUCUGACAAUAUUGUCUUGUGCGAUUGCCCUGGUUUGGUUUUCCCACAGUUCGCGACUACUAAAGCGGAUCUUGUAUGUGAUGGGGUUUUGCCCAUUGAUCAAUUGCGAGAACACACUGGUCCUGUCGGUUUGGUAGUCAAAAGAAUCCCAACGGAUGUUCUCGAAAUGACCUACGGUCUUACGAUCAGGGUCAAAGGAGUAGAAGAAGGUGGAGAUGGAAAGAUUACAGCUGAGGAUUUCCUGAUCACGUAUGCCGUCGCAAGAGGUUUCUCACGUUCGGGUAUGGGAAACCCUGACGAAGCUCGGGCUGCAAGAUACAUACUAAAGGACUACGUCAAUGCUAAACUCCUCUUCUGUCAACCACCACCUGAUAUCCCCGAGGAUGCAUUCAAUGAACAAACGCGCCAGUUGGCUUUGAAACGCGCCGCUGGCAAAAAGCGGGCUCCCACCACGCAUGUCGGGAAAAACGCUUUCACCUUUGUUCCUGGACUCGCGAACCCACCAAUCAUCAACGGUAACAUCCUUCCAGCACAAGGACAGGGUUACAAGACGCGUGAUCUGGAUAUGCAGUUUUUCCACGACAGCUCCGGGCUUUCAGCAAGGCCCUAUGUCAAGGGGGGUGCCGGACGUGCUCCACAGGAAUUCAGUAGGAUGAAGCUGUAUCCUCAUCAGAACUCGAUCACAAAUGAUGGGACUUCACUGGGUGGCCGGAGAGCGAGGAUCGCGUCUGUGCUUUCCAGUGCAGGCGAGUCCCACCCCGGAAAGAAACAACACAAGAAGGGUAAAAGGGUAAAACAAAGGAGUGGGAAGGGUUACGAUUAGAUGCUCUGUAUUUUACGGUGGCGGUAUGUACGAGCUUAUAGCCUUAGCUUUGCGACGUUCGAGCUUUUCUGUAUGUUCUAUAACAUUGCAUAUUAUUGGCA